AUGUCACUAUUUUGCUACAUUACUACUUUGCCGAAACUUGCACCGAAGUCACAGAGGAUUUUGACGAAUGGCUUCCCGGAUGGUGGAUUGCUACAGAAGGAGCGUGGACACUGUGGAGAUCUUCGUAAAAUCAUGAAACAGGCGAACGCGAAAGCCCUUAUAAAUGCCAAUCCAGUGGUCCUCCUUAGCGCCACGAACUUGCGAAUACGAAUCGAAAAUGUGUUUAAUCGGGUUAAACGACUUCGAGCUGCUGUAACUGCUAACUCCACUGCGCUCGAGGCGGUGUUGCCUCCGAAUUGGGAAGAAAAAAAUCCCAGUAAGGACAUUGUUGGUGAAAAACCGUUAUCUACCAAUCCUCCCUCUGUUACAACCUACGGAAAUUCCAUCAAUGACAGAUCGCUACAAUCGGUAGGAUCACUUGCCAUGCCAGCUACGUCCUCAUCGUUUCAUAAUAUCAAGGAUGUAAACGUGUCAGUUCUCUUGCAUCACGACGAGGUAUUCGAUAAGGACAAAGCCUAUUCAAAUAUACAUCAAGUCAAGCUUGAUGAACGGAAAAUGCUUGGAUGUACUUCUGCAGAUGCCUCUAGUCCAAAAAUUCCGACGAAAGACGAACUUUCGAUUCCAAAAAGUGGUUUGAGGAUCAUUGACUUGAACUUUGAUGUCUCUCCGGAAACGGAACAGCCAUGCACUUCAAAACAGCAAAUUUUUUGCGAUGGUGAUGAAAAGUAUGACGAAAUGAUGGACAGCAAAGAGGAUCUGAGUGAAGCUGGAAUAUUUGUUCAAAAGCUGCUCAACAGGAGGGAAGAAAGGAUUGUGCGGAGUGAGUAUCCUCAUCUGCAGAAAGUGAAGCCGCUUAAAAGCAAUCGUGAGGAAAUGGUCGUGGAAGUCAUAGGACGGAAACACUCGCUUGGUCCAUCUAUGUUCAAUAGUUUUUUCCAUUUCAAUAUAAGGAAUCCAAAAAUCUCGUCAGCAACAUUCGAGUCGUAUAUCUAUGGCCUUAAAAGGAUAUUGAUUUCUGAUCUUAGUCGUGCAACUCCCGAUAACGGAUUUGUAACAGUAGGCGUAAUCGUACGGCGAGAAGCUCGCAAAAGUGCCAAUGGGAAUGAUUAUGUCGUGUGGGAGCUGCACGACCUGAGGGAUUGUCAAAACAAGUGUGUGCGCCUACUUUUGUUCGGAGAUGCGUGCAAAGAGCACUGGAAAACCCAAGCUGGUGGUUGCAUUGCAGUAAUGAACCCGCAAGUCAAAGUGGAUGAACACAUUGUGGACAAAAAAGUCAAAUCAAAUGCAGAUGGCGUCACCUUGAAGGCUUUCAAGAGAACACAAGUAAUCGAGCUCGGUGUUUCGAGUGAUUUUGGCAUUUGUAGGGGAGUGAAGUUAGAUGGACAGAGGUGUAGUAAAUUUGUCAACAUCUCACUAUCAGACUUCUGUGUACAUCACGUCAUGAAAGAAGCGCGAAAGUUAUCCGCUAAACGUGGGGUUUUCAACAGUGUCGCUUCGCACUCACCAAUUAUGAAGUCAGCUAAUUCCAGUCUUUUGAAUAAAGUUAGAAAUGCAAAAUACAAAGUGUUGUCACCGCAGAACUUCGGAACAAAGUUGCAGAGCUUGAUGCAUCCAAAAACGAGCAGCAUCGUUGUUCCUUCGGAGCAGAAAACGACCACAAAAUCAGAAGAAAGGGUACUAUUGGACGGAAUAAUUAAUGCACAGGCCCAUUCGCUGGCUGCUCGUAACAUAAUAGCUGCUGUGGAAUCAAGAGCGAAGCAUGUUGUGCAGAGAGCUCCUCACGAUCGCUUCUCAAUGGCGGAUUUCAUCAGAAAACAAGAGGUAGUGAAUGUUCAGUCUACGCCACAUGUGCCACAACUCGGUUAUGGUCUUCGAAAAGGAGAGGUAGUUAGCUUGGCUGCCCAAAAGGUCGAAACAGCUAGGAUGCGGGCUGCUGUUAUCUUGAACCAAGAGAAGCUGGGGUCCUUCAAAAAGAAGCCAGUGAAGCGCCACUACGACGAGCAAGAAACUUACGUGACGGCGCCGAAGCGAUUCAAUCUAUAUUUCCCCGACGAUGAUGCGAAUCUAGAGACAUUGUUACGGAGAAGGAGUAUGCAAGACUCCGAAGUUGGCAAGGCUCACGGAGUUGCUGCACAGAAACACUUAGAUGUGCUGGAACAGCAAGAAAAGGUCGAAACGUUUAUUACUGAAUGCAUGUCAGUUAAGGAUGUGAAAGUAGUGAGCUGCAAAAAGUGUGACUACACUGCGCAGAAACAAAGUGAGUUAUGUAGGAAUGAAGGUCACUGUGUCACAUUUACAACAGCGGAAAAACGAUUCUUCAAAUGUAACUCCUGCCAUAAACGCACGGUCGUCUUCAGCAGGUUACCAACAAAAUCUUGCAAACAUUGCUUCGCCAACGAUUGGGUGCGUGUGGCAAUGAGAGAUGAGAAAAAAGUCAAGUUAGAAAACGAGCAGCUUCUCCUUCGUGGCGAAGAACGGAAGUUUGUGAAUUCAUGA